AUGUUCACCGCCGCAACAUGCACACCCGCCUCGAUCGCUCCUCCAGACUUCAAAGGCGAACUCAUCACCAAACCCUUCUCUUGUGCCCUCGAAAACGACCGCCAUAUUUGUGUCAACGGCGGCGGAACCUGCAAUAUCACCACUGAUGGCUAUUACAUUGUCAAUGUGCUUUGUAUCAUUAUCGGUGUGGUUACUUUCUGGGGUUUCAUCAAACCCAAGGCGCUGCAGUUGCAGAGUCUGCCUUUGAGGGCGUGGAGGAUUGCUGAACAAUAA